AUGGUCUCAGUCUCUCCCCCGCCACGCUACUCAGCUGGAAGUUACGGCGUCGACGCUGAGAAGCCGCUGGGUGCGGGCUCAGCGCCAGCAAGAGCAGUCAACCCGACUCAGCCCAAGACGCAGCCUCCCAAGGGCGCUACCGAUGAGAAGAAGUCGACGAUCAAGGAAUACAACCCAUACCACAACCCCUUCUCCGCCGAGGAUACCGAAGCAGACAAGCUUUAUCCUUACCCUCACCUCAAGCCAUGCUUCCCCACGGACAUCAGCACGCCUGAGUACCAGCCCAUCCACAACGUCGUCGAUCGUGGGUCCUUUGCCGACCCGGCCAAGCGUCACUUGCUCUCGGUAGUCGACAAGGUAGACAACCUCUCCGUCCACAUCGGCACAGAGCUGAGCGGCUUCCAGGUCAAGGACCUCACUCCAGCACAGAAGGACGACCUCGCCCUCCUCGUCGCCGAGCGCGGUGUCGUCGUGCUACGCGACCAAGACUUGGGUGCAGACGAGCUCGUCAACUUUGGACGCUACUUUGGCGCGAGCGAGCGACCGCUGCACCAGCAUCCCUCCUCUGGCGUACCUCGUGCGCGUAAGCUCAACGGCACCUCCCUCGACGAGGUGCACACCAUCUGGCACGACGAGAACAUGCGUCCGACAGGCACCCUCUACACGUCUACAGAGCUCUGGCAUUCGGAUGUUACCUUUGAAAAGAACCCGCCCGGCUUCACGGCGCUGUACAACAUCACGAACCCGGUCCACGGUGGCGGUGACACCCUCUUCUCCUCUUGCUACGGCCUCUACGAUGCCCUGUCCCCUUCGAUGCAGGAGUACCUCGAGACGCUCACGGCCCUGCACUCGGGCACUGAGCAAGCUGAAGGAGCAAGCAAGGCUGGCCUCCAUCUCCGUCGCCCAGCCGUAGAGACUGAGCAUCCCCUCGUCCGCACCCACCCCGUCACGGGAUGGAAGAGCAUCUUUGCCAACCCGGCCUUCACUCGCCACAUCGUCGGCGUGCCCAAGGUGGAGAGCGACGCCAUCCUCAACAUGCUCUACAGCAUCAUGAACGUCGACCCCAAUCUCACCUUGCGUGUACGAUGGCAGAAGAACACCCUCGUCCUGUGGAACAACGCCGUUGUCAAUCAUGCUGCCACCUUCGACCACUGGCGCCCUGACCCCUCUUGCCGUCGUCACGCCCUGCGAGUCGCAUCUACGGGCGAGAUCCCAAGCACGACGUUGCCCGACGGAAGGCCGGGACGUAGCAGGCAGGAGGCGAUCUGGGAGCAGGAAGGAUUCGAUGUUGAGGCGCUGAAGGCGAGGGGGAGGAAGAACAUCAAGAACACGGGCUUCAAAGACUGA